UAAAUGCACGAUACCGGUUUGUCAGUUUAACAGUUCGACAGUUCGUUAGGAGAUACUAUGGUCGCCACGCUAUCUUUGGGAUCCUCAGCACUCUUCCUGCUCGCCAUUUCGGCGAGUAGCGAAUCCGUAGUGGUCGAUGAGAAAUAUCUAAAGUUCCCACCGAACUUUCUCCUGGGCGCAGCAUCAGCGGCAUACCAAAUAGAGGGAGCAUGGAACGUGAGUGAUAAAGGAGAAAGUGUUUGGGACCAUUUCACCCAUCUUAAGGGUAAUCGAAUUUUCAAUAAUACAAAUGGCGAUGUUGCAGCUGACUCUUAUCAUAAAUACAAAGAUGAUGUUGCCUUACUUAAGAACAUUGGGUUCAAGUCGUACCGAUUCUCUGUGAGCUGGCCGCGCAUUCUCCCGACCGGAUUCGCGAAUCAAGUCAGUAAAGAUGGUGUCCAAUAUUACCAUAACUUAAUCGAUGAACUAUUGAAGAAUGAUAUUGAACCUUUGAUGACUCUUUAUCAUUGGGACCACCCACAAAUCAUAGAAGAUGCUGGUGGUUGGAUGAACGGAGAAAUGGUUGAUUGGUUUGGUGACUACGCAAGAGUCAUUUACCGCGAGUUUGGCUCGAAGGUGAAGAAGUUCAUCCCGAUAAACGAGCCUAUAUCGUUUUGCAAGAAUGGUUACUCUCACGGCAAGGAAGCACCUGGCAAGAGUCUGCAUGGUAUUGGCGAGUACUUGUGUAUGCAUAAUGUGGUCAAGGCUCAUGCAAGAGCGUACAGAAUCUACGAGGCCGAGUUCAAACAGACUCAGAAGGGCCAAGUUGGUUUUUUGAUCAACUUGUGGGCCUACAUGCCUAAAACGCCUGCGGACCAAAACGCUGCGGACAUUUCGUUUGAAUUCAAUGUUGGUUGGACUAUGCAUCCGAUUUACUCCAAGGAGGGUGAUUAUCCGGCCGUGAUGAAGACUAUGAUAGCUAAGAAGAGCAAAGAACAAGGAUAUCUCAGGUCCCGUUUGCCUACAUUUACUCCUGAUGAGAUCAAAUACAUAAGAGGAGCCUCGGAUUUCUUGGCUGUAAAUCACUAUACCGCAAGACUGAUUACACUUGGUAAUACAGGAAAAGUGCCGUCCCAUGAAAACGAUAUGGGUGUGGUAGAAAUCAUUGACAAAUCCUGGAAAACAUCGGCUUCCGAGUGGUUGUUGGUUGUGCCUGAAGGAUUCCGAUACAUUCUACGUCAACUUGCACAACAUUAUGGUAACCCACCGAUGUACAUAACUGAAAACGGUGUUUCCGAUCGCGGAUCGCUCAACGACGACGAAAGAAUUGAAUACUUUCGCGAAUACUUGAAGCAAAUGCACCUCGCUGUUUACGAAGAUGGCGUCAACUCUAGUAAUAAUGCCCGCUUUGGUAUCGUGUCCGUUGACUUCAACGACCCAGAAAGACCCCGAACCUGGAAGAAGUCUGCUUCCUGGUGGAACAAGGUUAUUACCGAUGGUAAAAUUGAUCAAUAAUGAAGAAUAUCACAGAUACCAUAAAUAAGUAAUUAAAUAUUGCGGAUUGUAAGAUAAAUCAGAGUCCAUUUUUCAUGCACAAAUGUGCACUUUUGUUUUUGACGUAUGCAUUAAAAAUUAAAAUAAUUAAUUAUCCAUUUA